AUUCAUCUGUAAGAAGCCCAAAAAAGACCCAGCCCAAUCUAACUGGCUUCAACAUCCCAACAAAACCCGAAAUUCUGCAAAUCCCCUUUCUCAUUCAAUCGGAUCAACAGUUUCAAUCUCCAUUUUCUCGUUAAUCAGAGAUCUUAAUCAUGGAUGGUGAAAUUAAGAACAUCAAGAAGUGGAACAUACUGUAUCCAGUUUAUAUAAAUUCAAAAAAGACGAUAGCGGAAGGAAGAAGAAUUUGUGUGACGAAAGCUUGUGAAAACCCUACUUGUACUGAGAUUAGUGAUUGCUGCAACUUCCUCAAAAUUCCUUGUGCAAUUGAGCUUGAUAAGGCAUAUCCACGAGAUUUCAUGCAAAGAGGAAGAGUGAGAGUUUUGCUGAAGCGGGAAGAUGGAACUCCUUACAAUCCUGUCAUUCCUUCACGAAAACAGCUGAUGAUCAAUGUCGCAGAGUUGGUUCGGAGACAUCCUAAUAGGACUAAGAAGCAGGAGCCUGCAGCCUCUUCUGCAGCUGGUUCUUCAAAGUCUGGCAAGGGAGGUAAAAAGAAGAGAUAGUUUCAGAAGGCAACAUUUCAAUUUCUUCAAACUUUUUAGAGAUCAUAGAUUUAUUUAUCUCGGAAUAUUUUAGUCCUUUUUUUUACUUGAUUUGAGAAAUGUAUUGCAAAGAAGAGAGGAUGUAUGAGUUAUCGAAGAAUGUUGCCAUAUUUGUAUCAUCGAUUGAGACAUUUUUGUUAUUUUUACAGCCUAAACUUAGCUCUUGAUUGUUAA